AGUCAUGAGACCGACAUUCGAUCGACGCCUCUGGAUAUUAUUGUUCAUUAUUUUAGUACAAUGCACCACCUACACAGAGCAACAAAAUAUCAAUGCAAAGUCACAAUUGAAGACGACGCCCGCCGAGCACGCAGCAAGCAAAUGGCGCAGCAUAUCAGAGCAGACGCCGCCGGCGGCAGCACCGUCGGCGCAGAGUUUAGUCGAACUCGAAGCGAAUACACAGACAUUGCCGCAGCUGGCAGUUGACCACCGGCAGGUGGGCAUUCACAAUAGUAAACCCUCCAAAUGUGCCAAGAACUGUGCCAAGGCCAAGGCAAAGGUGGCCAAAUGGAAGGCGCAGCUGAGGAGCCACCAUGUGCAUCAGGCGCAUCGCGCAGCGACACACAAGGAGGCUGCGCGACGACUGCGUCGGGAGACAGAGGAAGAGGACCUAGAACUGCCUACGGCAAUGUCCAGUGCCACCACGGUGGCCACCAGUGCCGCAGUCACGAGCUAUGCAAAUAAAACGCUCGCUGGACUGUUGACCACCAUGAAGGCGAAACGCGCACGCUCUACGGUGCAUCUGGCGCCGGAGGAUAUGAAGCCUAAGCCCAAGGAGCCCGUCAUUAUUAUCGAUGAUGUGGAGGAGUUUGAUAGCGGCACCGCCACACGAGAUCUCUUCGCUAAGAGUCGCGAUGUGGCGGAUCUAAUGGAUGAUGAUGGACCGCUUGAGGGUCCGCGGGCGCUGCCUCUGCGCCCAGUGCUGCCCAAUCCCUACGAGGACGAGGAAAUGUCUGUGGUCUAUGCGGAACAGCACUCAGAGAUCAGGCUGAUGUGCGAGGUGGACCUGGACAUAUCCUCCAGCAUGUGGUACAAAAAUGGCCAGGAGGUGCAUGCCAUGGACCGGACGACGCGCGUUACCGACUAUCGCUUUAUCAAGGAGGCUAAUGGUGCGCUAACCAUCACCAAUGUCAUGCUCGAGGAUGAUGGCAAAUGGCAGUGCGAGGCGGAGAAUACCCGACGCUAUACCGAAAAUGCUCGACCCGUCAAGCUGGUCGUCCUGGAUCGUCCCAAGCCGCCUUAUUUGCUUAUUGAUUCGCGUCGCCUGGAUGCUGGCAACAUUUUUGUGCCCGUCAAAGAAAACUCGGAGCUAAACUUGGCCUGCGUCAGCGAGGGUGGCAAUCCUCGGCCCACGCUUACCUGGGAGGUGCUGCUCAGCCCAGGCGUAGAUCGCCAUGCCCAGAAGGUAUCCGCCGAGGUGCUAGAGCUGGAGGAAAUCAAAAACGAGAAGGAUAAGAACGGCUACAAAAUCAACAGCGGUGCAAAGAGCGAAGCCCGUCUGCCCGCCGUCUACAGGGCGCAUCAUAAUGCGAGGAUUUUAUGUGUCAUGGAACAUCCCACGCUGAAGAUAAGACAGAAUGCCUCCCUACUCCUCGAUGUGCAGUAUACGCCCUCAUUUGCCAUCUCGCGCACACCUGGCUUUGGUUAUCCGCUGCGCGAGGGCAUCGAAGUUAGCCUCAAGUGCGAUGUCGACUCGAAUCCUCCGAGCACGCCGCGCUGGCAGAAGGACGACGGUGACACGCCGGUGCCGCAAACGGGCGACGGCUUCCUCAACUUUACAUCCAUUAGACGGGAGCAUUCCGGCUGGUAUAAGUGCACAUCACGGCAUCUCAACUUUCAAUACUCCUCGAUUGGCUAUUACCUCAGCGUGCGCUAUGAUUCGGUGGAUGUCACUUCGGAACCGGAUGAUCAGGAUGUCUCCGUGGCGGCUGCCUCUCAUAAUCCCAACAAGGGGCAACUUGAGGUGCAGCUUGGCGGCGCCGUCACACUGCAGUGUCCACAAGGCUCCCUGGGCUGUUGGUCACACUUGGAUCCAGUUUCAGCACGUCUGCGCGGCCUAGGCUACGGCAGCUCGUUGCCGACGGGUCAAUUCUCACUCAAGGAUGUCAUGUACCAGGAUGCAGGCACCUACAAGUGCGUGGGCCAACCUCUGGCCAACAAGAAGAAGCUCGAAGUGCUUCAAAGUGUCAUCGUUUCCGUCAAGGGUGCGCCCACAGUGGUUGCUUUGAAUGCCACGCCCGUAGCUUAUCCGGGCUCACCCUUGCAUCUCAAUGUGGAGUUCUGUGCCAAUCCACCGGCGCAUGCGGCACGCUGGUUGCACGGCGAUCGCGUUUUCACGCCGGGCAAUCAAUAUGGCAGUACCGUACUGGCCUACUCGGUCAAGGAUCUGCCCACGCCCUACUGCAAGGAGGCGCGGCUAACCUAUGUCAGCAUGCACGAGCGUGUGCCGCGCACUUUCUACUUUAUCGUCUCGUCGCCCGGUGGCGUUGCCGAGGCCGUGUUCAAUGUCAACUUUACGAAGCGCCACCGCCAGAUGUCCAACACCAUCGACGACGACGAGGAGGAGGAACUCAAUCGACCCGAGCAAAUUCACUUUCCGGUCUUCAGCAAUAAUACGGCGAGCGGGCGGAGCUUGGAGCUAGCCCUGGCAUUUACUCUCCUGGGCGCAACGCUGUUGCAUUCUCAUUAACUUUAAGAGUGCAUAUGAAAAAGUCAAAUGGCGCUACAGAGAGCGAGAUAGUCCGAUUGUGUGUGCGUGUGUGAAUGAGGGAGAACGAGAGAGAGACAGAGAAAGAGAGAGAGAGAAUGCUGACUAUUAACUCUUGCAAUUUAUUAUGCUAUGUACUACAUACUACCCACUAUGUCUAAGCGCAUAUAUACAUAUAUAUCCACUAUAUAUAACAUAU